AUGGAAAUCCAAAUCCGCGUCGGGGAGGAGUCGAACUGGAUCGCGCGUCCUCCUCUUCUCGGUGGCCGCGUGAAGAUGGUGCAAGCCUUCAAAGGGAAAAGGGCCGGAUGGGCCGAUGUGAGCGGUGGUCAAUCGACCCUUGGAGGGUCACAGUCAUCCCUACAGCUGCUUCCCCUCUUUGAAGCUGUUGGUCGCUCCAACUUCCAUUGGCUCACGGCUCAGAUCGGCUCUAUCUAUGUUUCCCUGAUUGGCUAUGGUUGUCAAGAGUUGGGAUCGUCACCAGAACGCUUCACUGAUGGGAAGUAUUGCCGACACCGACCUGCAUAUGUUCCGCUCGCGACACCGUUCUGCAUCGUGAUGGCGGAGAUGUACUCGGGGCUCCACGUGGGCCAACGUUUUAGCUCGUUGGAGGAAUUUAAAGGACUGGUUCGAAGUAUCUCCGUGAGACAACACUGGGAGCUUCGAGUGACGAGAAGCAACAAGAAAAGCGUCGUCAUAGGUUGUCGAUCAUCGAACAAUUGCUACUUUCGUGUUGUGUGCCGCGCGAACAAGAAUGCAACUUACAUCAGCAGCCUUCAAGACAGCCACAGUUGUCGGCGCAAUGCGACUUCAACCUCGAAAACACCAGCUCGAUCGGAGGCAUCGCAUGUGCGGUUCCUCCUGACUGAGAUUCCUAAGCUCUUCGACAUGAAAAACAAAAUUAGGGCGCAAGACGUUGUAGACGCUGUGAAGCGAUACCAUGGCUAUGACAUCUCAAUGCGACAAGCGCAACGAGCUCUUAUUCGCCUACAGCAACAUGAAGCGCAAAACCAAAGCGAGAGCACCAACACUCAUGACUCUAGUGGAGAUGACCGACAGGACAGCCAACCGCCUCCUUUAGAGAAUCAGGCGGAGAGCUCGACCUUCGGCAGUCUCUCUGGUCAAAGAUGGAUUACGGAUACUCUCCAGACCACUAUCAUCGAUAACAUACCUCAGGAUGAAGUUCACCGGGAUCAGACUAUUUCGGCAUCGCAACUUCACAGCCAACCUGUACAUCCGCCGCCUCAGGUACAUCACCAGGCGCAGCCUACACACCAAGCGCCGCCUCCUGAAGUCCUGUCACCAGAACAGACACCCCUAGGCCAUAGCCUCCAUCACCCUGCAAAUGCCCAGCAGUCUCCUUAUUCGGUUCCUGCUCCUGAUCCAGCACCUCCUUCGGACACUGGGCGCCCCAAAAAUCCGACUCUACCGCGACCAAAUGAUGGGCAGCUUACCAGUCCACAAUUGGUUCUGACAAACUUCAAGAUCGAAUUUACGUGCGCCACAUGUGGUGCACCAAACCAGAGCUUCUUUCCUAAUCACGGCAACGUCACUGGUGGGCAUUAUGCCCCCCAGCACGCUGGUCCUAGUCAGGGUGCGACUUCAGCCAGCGCGGGUCCUUCGAUACAAUCAAUUCAAAAUAGUGAUGGUAGUAGCCGUGCUGGAGGCGGACCAGCGUUUGAAGGGACCUCUGUGGCAAGCACACGUGGCGUACAACAGCCUUGGACAGCAAGAACCCUGGAAGUUCCACUUACACAUGCGCAUCCAUAG